GGCUCCCUUGGGUUUCUGUUGUCUCACUUCUCCGCUCUCUCACAGCGCCUCCACACUCAAAGCUAUUAGGUACCUAGAGCCCGCCCAGAGGAGGGGGACCCAUUGGAUCCUCUCACACAGUUUGGCUGGGCUGGGCUUGGCAGGUAAUUUUUUUUUUUAGUUAGGCGAUCGACCAGUUGAGCUUGGUGCUUGGUGGGCGGCCCAACAAGUUCAAAAAGUGAGAGAGGAGACUGGACCGACCGAGGGGAACCUCCUCCAUAGUACUACUAGUCUGGGCUACCUUUACCUACCGCCCUCUCUCUUCUCCGUCUCUCUCACUCCCGUCUCGCUCGCUCGCUCUGUUUUGUAGGUACAAGCCCAGUGCCCAAAUUUUUUCAGACUUAUCGCCCCCCACCAGAAUUUAGCAAACGUCAACGGCCGCUGCUUUCUCAACUUCCUUUCAUCCCUCUCCUCUCAACCUCACCUCGUCCCCAAAAGACGUUUAUCACAAGCGCCUAUUCGGAUCUUUCAUUAUCAGACAAAAUGGCCGAGCCCAUUCGUGGAAAGCGUGCUCAGGACGCCGUGGCUCCUACGCCUCAGAACACACCCGCAACUGCUGCUCCCAUCUCUUCCCACGCUCAACAGCCGGGCGUUGCUAGUAUCAAGGAGGAGGAUCUGGACCGUGCCGCGGCGGCUUCAGUUUUCGCCCAAAACCCCAAGCUUAUCCAGAUGAUUCAAGGUCGCCUCGGCUCCCUCGUGGGCCAAUCUUCGGGCUACAUCGAGUCCCUGCCCGCUCCCGUCCGCCGACGUGUCGCUGGUCUUAAGGGUAUCCAGAAGGACCACUCCAAGCUUGAGGCUGAGUUCCAAGAAGAGGUUCUCCAGCUCGAGAAGAAGUACUUCGCCAAGUUCUCUCCUCUCUACGAGAAGCGUUCCGCCAUUAUCAACGGAAAGACUGAGCCUACUGAGGAGGAGAUCAAGGCCGGUGAGGAGGACGAUGAGCCCGAGACUGAGGAUGCUGCCAAGUCUGAGCAGAAGUCCGAUGUCCCCGACAACGUUUCCGGUAUCCCUGAGUUCUGGCUCUCUGCCAUGAAGAACCAGAUCUCACUCGCUGAGAUGAUCACUGACCGUGAUGAGGCUGCUCUCAAGCACCUCACUGACAUCCGCAUGGAGUACCUUGACAAGCCUGGUUUCCGUCUCAUCUUCGAGUUUGCCCCCAACGAUUUCUUCAAGAACACCACCAUUACCAAGACAUACUACUACCAGAACGAGAGUGGCUACGGUGGUGACUUCAUCUACGACCACGCUGAGGGUGACAAGAUUGAGUGGUUGCCUGGCAAGGACUUGACUGUCCGAGUUGAGAGCAAGAAGCAGCGAAACAAGAACACAAAGCAGACCCGAAUUGUCAAGAAGACCGUUCCUACCGAGUCAUUCUUCAACUUCUUCUCGCCACCCAAGGCUCCUACCGAAGACGAUGACGAUGAUGCCGAGUCCGACAUCGAGGAGCGCCUCGAGCUCGACUACCAGCUCGGUGAGGACAUCAAGGAGAAGCUCAUCCCCCGCGCCAUCGACUGGUUCACCGGUGAGGCUCUGGCUUUCGAGGAGAUCUCGGACGAUGAGCUUGAUGGUGCCGAUUUCGACGACGAUGAUGAUGAGGACGAGGACGACCUGAGCGAGGAGAACGAUGACGAGGAGGAGUCUGACGACGACGAUGAGUCUGGCAAGCCCAAGCAGGAGGCUGCUGAGUGCAAACAGAGCUGAGCGGCGCGAUAGAGCGCGACGUAACGCAUAUUCUCACUCAUGACAUGAUUGACUUUUAUCGGGUUGAAGGAUUUCAUCUAAGUCACCGACCUACUCGGAAGAAAAAGGGUGGGCGGUGAACGACGGGAAGAAAAAGGCUACAGAAUUGGGAAGCGGUUGAAACAGGUCGGCGUUCCAGCCGGUGCCGUUUUUCAGAACAAAAAAGGUAGCAUCGUCAUUUGAUAGGCAUCGUUUGCAAGAAACAAAACCUAUGGUUUUUGCAGGCAAACUCUGGGACUGGAAACCACGUUGAUAGACAGACACACAGCCAGAGGGCACAAGUCGGCCCCGCGCGAUUAUUAUGCUGCCCUCCUCUUUUUUGCAGCCUUUUUCUCUUACUUCGUUUUCAGGGGUUCUCUGUCUUGUGUUUUGUUUUUUUGCAAAUAACGCUGAUUUUUGUUCCUGGCAUGGAUGUAAGGUAGUGACAGAAGGGAUGGUUCUUACAGGGCAGGGAAGGGUGCAAGGGUUUUACCAGGUGCAUAAUAUAUAGAGAAUGAUUCUGCCAUGAUGCAAUAAUUUGUAUGUUGUUGCAGUAAUAUUACCGGCUUUGUCUGUGUACUUUUGUUUGUUUGUCUUGGUCUUUGUUUACUGUGUUUUGACGUAGUGGCUGCAUACUUGUGUCUAUCGAAAUGCGGUGAGAUCGUUAUUACCACCACGGAAAUGCAAGACAUGUUUGGAGCCGACGCCACGACGACAAUGUCUCAGUUGUGACCCCAGGGACAUGCAUGUACGUCACAGUAUGGCGAGUCAUGUUGUUUACAGUUGCGUUGACUAUGAUAUAUCCUACAUUCGUCGUUGAUGUCUUGUAUUAUUGCUCAG